AAUACAUAUACAUUAUACAGCAGCUAGUUUUUCAAGAUGGAAGUCAUAGUUUGGUCAUCAAUCAUUGUAAUAUUUUCUUAUGGAUUACAUAAGGCAAAUGCUGACAUCCCUUCAAUAGAAUGUGGUGGAAGUAGAGCACAAAAUGUGGGGAAGUUUGCAACAGAUCCUGAAGAAGAGUGCAUAUACUACAGAUGUACUUUUAAAGGCUGGCUACAAAAUACAUGUCUUCAGUUUGCCAUCCCAAAAACAUACAGGAAGAGAUAUAGUCAAACACCCACCAGACUCAACCCAUGCACAAAUGCACGUAAAAAGGUGUGCCAAGAAUAUAGUUCUAUAGUUGAGAGAAAGACUGGUAAGGUAAGAGUGAAGGCUACACCCAAUCCUCUCCCUGAAUGUGUUCUCAUGGAUGAGUUCUGUAGGGCAACUGAGCAAUGCUGCAAGGGCUUGAAAUGCUUCAUGCAGAAAUGCACCCCAGAAGAAGAUUUUGCAUGUGCAAGGCUGGGUGAAGGAUGUAAUGGACGACAUAAGACAGGACAGGGAUGCUGUGCCCAAGACCCUGAAGAUGCAACCAUCAGUUAUCUCCUUCAGUGUGACUCAACUCAAACAUGUUGUGGCCAGAUUACCCAGGUGUGUGUGAAAGAUGAAGAUUGCUGCACUGGUGUCUGUGAGAAUGGAGCAUGUGCAGAUGUAACCUGUGAGUACCCACAAGCAGAAGACCAUUGUGGAUAUAACAUCCAACGAAGUGCAGAAAAUAAAAAAGGACGGUUUAAUGUUGGAGAAAAAGUUUAUUUUGAGCCUGAUUCAUGCUAUACAUUAGACACUUCUGAUGGAGUAAGCCAGAAUUUUGUGACAUGCAUGCCAGGGGGAACUGUUUCCCCAUCUGUACCUACAUGUAAAGUAAAAGAAUGUACAAAUCUACCAGCACCUGAAAAUGGUUCCCGUUCACCCAUGGUUGGAGGAGCUGACUUGUGUGACAGUGCGAUAAGCUUUGAAUGUGAUGAAGGUUACCAACUGACCGGGCCUUCAGAGAUUGAGUGUACUGAAGAUGGAUGGAACCAAGAGGCACCAGAAUGUCUUCUACCAGAAUCACCUGUAGAAGAGGUUUGCUCUAAGGUGAAAGGAAGUUGUGGAGAUGACUUAAGUCCUGAAUGUUGUGUAGGAUUUACUUGCUCAUUUGACAAGAUAUGUUGCGUUGAAGAAGGAGGAUGUUCCAGUGAUGAUGAAUGUUGUCGAGGUCUAUCAUGCCAUGAAAAUAAAUGUGUACCUAGUACAAGAAUAGAGUGCGAUAAACCACUUGAUAUUGUCUUCUCUGUGGAUACCUCAUGUUCAGUCGCAGAUACAGACAAGACACAUAUUCGUACCUUCAUGACGGAGACUGUCAGGGCGUUUAACAUUGAUAAAAACACACAGGAUGGUAUCCUAGUGGGGGCACUAACAUUUAAUCAAGGAUACCAACACGUGGCUUAUUUACAGGAUGGGGCAGAUAACAGUAGCCAAUUAUUGGAUAAAAUUGAAACAAUGAGUCUGACCCCAAAUGGAUGUAAAACAAAUACAUUUACUGCCCUUAAAAAAGUGGAAUCAGAAUAUUUCUCACCCGAAAAUGGUGACCGACCAGGUGUGUCAAAUGUUGCAAUUGUGUUGACAGAUGGAAAGACUGUCCCAAGUGGAAAGGCAAGCCAAACUCUUCAAUUCGCCGAGCUUCUGAGAGAAAGUGGUGCUACAGUGUUGACAAUUGGUCUUCCCCAGUCAGAUGGCUCAAUAGUUGGCGAGGAGGAAUGGCUUGGAAUAGCUGGUAGCGAGGACUUAGUCUUUAAGUCAAACUUCAAACAUCUGAGGAAAAUGCUAAUCCGUGUUGGAGGGAAACUGUGUGGAGAGAGUAAUGUGUUUGUAACAAAGAUAGAAGAGCCUGAAGAGAAUAACACACUUGAAGGAUAACAUAUAUUGAAGUUCAAUUAACAGCAGUAUGUUCUGACUAUAUGCUCCUCCUGGGUGUAAAUGGAUAACACUUAAUCUAAGACUAUGGCCAUCUUGAUUUAGGUCUAAACUACACUUCUCUUUCAAUAUUACAAUACCUCAUACUCUUGUUAAAAGAUUAUUGCAAAAUAGC